AUGGCAGACGAAUUUGAGGAAUUUGAAGAGAGUUAUGAGGAGGAGGAAUUUGUCGAAGAGUAUGUUGAGCAGACUACCACAACGACUGUCUCUGAGGGUGCUCAGAUGUUACAGUCUGGCUUGGAAGUCAGGAAGGUCAGGAAGAAGGUCAAGGUGGACACUUCCAAGUUCAUGACUCCAUACCUGGCUCACAGCCAGAAGAUGCUGGAUCAGUACAGUCACAACGUGUACAGGAAGGCUUAUGAGAUGUCCAAAGGCCAGCCGACCGCCUUCAUCUCUGAUACUCCUGAAAUGAUUCGCAUCAGGAAGGCUCAGGAGCAGCUCAGCGAGGUUAAAUACCGCAUGGAGGGUAAUAAGACUCGGACAACCAGCAUGUACGGUGGCGAGGCCAGAGAGAUCGCCCACGUCAAGCACGUGUCCGAGCUGAUCAGCAAGGUUCUGUACAGACAGAAGUGGGAUGAGACUAAGGACCGGUACCUGCUGCCGCCUGACGCUCCUGAGCUGGUGCUGGCUGUGAAGAACGCUGCUAACUACAGCAAGAAACGGUACACGGAGGACUGGGAUGCGGAGAAGACGAUGUGUUUCCCGUACAGCGACAGCCCCGAGCUGCGCAGGGUGGCCAAGGCUCAGGAAGUCCUCAGCGACAUCAGCUACAAGAAGGGUCACGAUCAGCGCAAGGCCAAGUUCACCUCGCUGGCCGACCCUCCUGAGUAUGAGCUGGCCAGGAAGGCGGCCAAUCAGCGCAGUGAUCUCAAAUACAAGGAGGAUUACAAUAAAAAUGUCAAGGGUCAGUGGUGCGAGACGCCAUACUUUGACGUGGCCACUGCCAGGGUGGCGAUGGAGAACUUAAGCAGCAAACGAUACACGAAAGAUUGGGAGGAUAAGAAAGACCAAAUUUAUUUCAUGCAAACAGACACGCCUGUUUAUGGAACGAACAAGAAGGCUGGUAUUGCUUCUAGUGAGAUCAAGUACAAGAAGGAAUACGAGAAGCAGAAAGCUCAGGCGGACUACAACACGCUCCCCGCCACAGAGAACCCGCUCCUAAGACAGCUCAGAUAUGCCGGCACCAUCCUGAGUGAUAAAGUAUAUAAGUCCAGCUAUGAAAAGGCCAGGGGUUCAAGUAUCAACUACUGCGACACGCCCAAGUUUCAGAUGGACUCCGUACUCAAACAGUUCACUCAUGCACGUUACACAGAGAAGUAUGACAACGUGGUGAAGGGUCACUACGUCGGCAGCUAUGAGGAUCUUUACAUGCUUCACUGCCAGAAAAUGGAGGCAAUGAAGAGCGAGCAAGAAUAUAAAUCUGAUUAUGAAGACAUUAAGACAAAAUGCUUCUACCCUCAAACAAUGACGCCUGAAUAUGAAGUUAAUAAGAAGCUUCAGAAGUGUAAUGAUAAAGUUUACCGGCAACAUCCGGACACCAUGAAAUUUACACAAGUGUCGGAUUCACCAGUUCAGCUUCAAGCCGCCCUCAACGCCAAAAAUCUAAGUGACAUCAACUACAAGGCCAAGUAUGAGAAAACUAAGUUCAAAAACACUCUGCCCCCAGACUAUCCCUUCUUCAUCCAGUCCAGAGUCAACGCCUUCAACCUUAGUGAUAACUGUUACAAGUACGAUUGGGAGAAAUCUAAAGCAAAGAAGUUUGAGAUCAGGGGCGAUGCCAUCUCGAUCCUUGCUGCCCGCGCUCACACCAACAUCGCCAGUGAUGUCAAGUAUAAGAAGGCUUAUGAGAAGAACAAGGGGCAGAUGGUGGGAGCCCUCAGCAUUCAUGACGAUCCCAAAAUCCUGCACUCUGUUCGCGUGGCUAAAAUCCAGAGUGAUCGUGAAUAUAAGAAGGAAUAUGAAAAGAUCAAGACCAAGUACCACUCACCACUCGACAUGAUGUCAGUCACCUUGGCCAAGAAAUCCCAGGGCAUUGCCAGCAUGAAGGGCUAUAGGAGCAUCAACCCCAACUACUUCCUGCCCCCCGACAGCAUACUUAUGAACCUGGCCAAGAAAUCCAACAUCAUCCAGAGCGAUAAUGAUUACAAGUCGGAAUACAACAACUACACCAAGGGUUCUCCAUGGAUCCCCUGGGGCUCUGUGGAAGUGGAGACAAAUAAGAAAGCUGGUGAUAUCCUUAGUGAGAGAAAGUACAGACAGCUUCCGGACAGCAUCCCCUUUACCUCUAUUCACGACCACCCCGUCAUGAUGCAGGCCAAAGCGAACCAGCUUAUGAGGAGUGAUCAGUUCUACAAGAGAGGUCUGGAGAAGAUCCAUCAGAAGUACUCUCUGCCUCAUGAUGUCCCUGAGUUCGUGCAGGCCAAGUGCAAUGCCUACAACAUCAGCAAGAACACCUACAAGUAUGCCUGGGAGGAUCUGAUUGCUAAAGGUUAUGACCUGAAGUCCGAUGCGAUCUCUAUUAUCGCCGCCAAAAAAGCCAGACAUGCUGUCAGUGAUGUCCAGUAUAAGAAGGCUUACGAGAAGGCCAGAGGACACCAUAUUGGUUUCCGCAGCGUCAAGGACGAUCCUCUGAUGGUCCACUACAUGCAGUUGGCCAAAUUGCAGAGUGACAAGAACUACAAGAAGGACUACCACAAGGCCAAGCUGAAGUAUCACUCCCCAGUGGACAUGAUGAGUUUGGUGCAGGCCAAACAUGCUUCGAAGGUUCAGACCUUCGCCGGCUACAGGAAGAUCCCUAACGGCUACAUGAUCCUUCCGGACAACUUGAACGUGCAGCGGUGUCGCAACAUGAUGGAGAUUCAGAGUGAUAUUAACUAUAAAAUGGACUAUGAGACUUCAGUGAAGGGAAGCGGCUGGAUUCCCAUUGGUUCUGUGGACGUGGAAAGAGCUAAGGUGGCGGGAGCAGCGAUCAAUGAGUCAAAGUACCGCCAGAACCCGGACACCUUGAAGUUCUCCAGUCUCAGCGACUCCAUGAACAUGAUGCUGGCCAAGUCCAACACCAAGAUCAUGAACAUGAAAGAGUAUAAGGCCAGUGGAGAGAAGUUUGUGCACACUUACCAUCUCCCUGCUGACGUCCCUGAACUGAUGCAAGCCAGAUACAACGCAGUCAACAUCAGCAAGAAUUACUACACCUAUGCUCACCGCCAAGAUCUGCUCAAAGGACAUCACGUGAAGCAAGAUGCCAUUUCCAUUAUUGCAGCAAAACAGUCCACUAAAAUCGCCAGUGAUUACAAGUACAAGCUGGCUUAUGAGAAGGCAAAGGGCCACCAUGUUGGCUUCCGCAGCAUCGAGGACGAUCCCCUGCUGGUCCACUACAUGAAGGUGGCUAAGAUGCAGAGUGAGAAGAACUACAAGAAGGACUACCACAAGGCCAAGCUGAAGUAUCACUCCCCAGUGGACAUGAUGAGUUUGACCCAGGCCAAACAUGCUUCAAAGGUUCAGACCUUCGCCGGCUACAGGAAGAUCCCUAACGGCUACUUGAUGCUGCCCGACAACUUGAACGUGCAGCGGUGCCGCAACAUGAUGGAGAUUCAGAGUGAUAAUCUCUACAAGUCAGAAUACAGCAACUUCACUAAAGGCACAGGUUGGAUCCCUAUUGGUUCUAUUGAUGUGGAGAAGGCCAAAGUUGCUACAGCCGCCCUGGAUGAGCACCACUACCGCCAGCCCGCAAGCUCUUUCAAAUUCACCAGCAAGACUGAUGCCAUGAACAUGACUCUGGCUAUGGCCAACACCAAGAUCAUGGAUCACUCUUCAUACAAAGCUUCUGGAGAGAAGUUCAUGCACACCUAUAAUCUGCCGGGUGACAGCCCUCAGUUCCUUCAGGCUAAAUUCAACGCCCAGACCCUGAGCGUGAGUCACUACAAGCACAAGUGGCUGGCCGAUAUUGCCAAGGGAUACAACAUGAAGCCGGAUGCCAUUUCUGUCAUUCACGCCAAGCAUGGCAGACAUAUUGCCAGCAAUAUCCAAUAUAAGAAAGAAUUUGAGAAGGCAAAGGGCCACCAUGUUGGUUUCCGCAGCAUCGAGGACGAUCCCCUGCUGGUCCACUACAUGAAGGUGGCUAAGAUGCAGAGUGACAAGAACUACCAGAAGGACUACCACAAGGCCAAGCUGAAGUAUCACUCCCCAGUGGACAUGAUGAGUUUGACCCAGGCCAAACAUGCUUCAAAGGUUCAGACCUUCGCCGGCUACAGGAAGAUCCCUAACGGCUACAUAAUCCUGCCGGACAACUUGAACGUGCAGCGGUGUCGCAAAAUGAACGCCCAGUCAAGUGAUUGUGACUACAAGUCUGAAUGGAAUAACUAUAUCAGAGGCACUGGAUGGGUCCCUAUCGGCUCAAUUGGCGUUGAGACGGCUAAAAUUGGCGGUCUGAUUCAGAGCGACAACAGGUACCGCACCGACCCAUCCACCCACAAGUUCAGCAAGCUGAUGGACUCCAUGGACAUCGCUCUGGCUACUGCCAACAACAAGAUCAUGAACAAGCAAGCAUACACUGCAGCUUGGGAUAAGGCCAAACUGAAGAUCCACGUCAUGCCUGAUUCUCCUGAAAUCAUCCUGGCCAAGGCUAAUGCCCUCAACAUGAGCAACAAACUUUACAAAGCCGGUGUUGUGGCGAUGGCCAAUAAGGGCUACCAUCUCAAAGGAGACGCCAUCGCAAUCUUGGCCGCCAAAGCUGGAACUAGAAUUGCCAGUGACUACAAGUACAAGCUGGCUUACGAGAAGGCCAGAGGACACCAUGUUGGUUUCCGCAGCGUCAAGGACGAUCCUCUGAUGGUCCACUACAUGCAGUUGGCCAAAUUGCAGAGUGACAAGAACUACAAGAAGGACUACCACAAGGCCAAGCUGAAGUAUCACUCCCCAGUGGACAUGAUGAGUUUGGUGCAGGCCAAACAUGCUUCGAAGGUUCAGACCUUCGCCGGCUACAGAACGAUCCAGCACAGUUACUCUCUCCUCCCUGAUGCAAUUAGCCUGAAGCACUCUCGCACCAUGAGCACCCAGGCUAGCGAUUGUGACUACAAGUCUGAAUGGAAUAACUAUAUCAGAGGCACUGGAUGGGUCCCUAUCGGCUCAAUUGGCGUUGAGACGGCUAAAAUUGGCGGUCUGAUUCAGAGCGACAACAGGUACCGCACCGACCCAUCCACCCACAAGUUCAGCAAGCUGAUGGACUCCAUGGACAUCGCUCUGGCUACUGCCAACAACAAGAUCAUGAACAAGCAAGCAUACACUGCAGCUUGGGAUAAGGCCAAACUGAAGAUCCACGUCAUGCCUGAUUCUCCUGAAAUCAUCCUGGCCAAGGCUAAUGCCCUCAACAUGAGCAACAAACUUUACAAAGCCGGUGUUGUGGCGAUGGCCAAUAAGGGCUACCAUCUCAAAGGAGACGCCAUCGCAAUCUUGGCCGCCAAAGCUGGAACUAGAAUUGCCAGUGACUACAAGUACAAGCUGGCUUACGAGAAGGCCAGAGGACACCAUGUUGGUUUCCGCAGCGUCAAGGACGAUCCUCUGAUGGUCCACUACAUGCAGUUGGCCAAAUUGCAGAGUGACAAGAACUACAAGAAGGACUACAACAAGGCCAAGCUGAAGUAUCACUCCCCAGUGGACAUGAUGAGUUUGGUGCAGGCCAAACAUGCUUCGAAGGUUCAGACCUUCGCCGGAUACAGGAAGAUCCCUAACGGCUACUUGAUGCUGCCCGACAACUUGAACGUGCAGCGGUGUCGCAACAUGAUGGAGAUUCAGAGUGAUAACCAGUACAAGAGUGAGUAUGAAAGCUACGUUAAGGGAGUCGGAUGGAUUCCCAUUGGAUCGGUGGAUGUUGAGAAAGCAAAAUUAGCCGGACGUAUCUUCAGCGAAUCCAAAUACCGUCAGUCUCCCAGCAAAUUCAAUUUCACUAAAGACAUGCACUCCAUGGAUCUCUUACUGGCCACCGCCAACAACAAGAUCAUGAAUAAGCAAUCCUACACCACUGCCUGGGAAAAAGCCAAGACUUCAGUCCACAUGAUGCCUGAUGCGAUGGACAUUGUUCUAGCCAGAGGAAACAAGAAGAACGUCAGUGAGAAACUGUACAAGUUGGACCAUGAGCUGUCCAAGAAGAAGGGCCACCAUCUUCGUGGUGAUGCCAUUUCAGUCUUGGCUGCCAAAGCUUCCACUGCUAUUGCUAGUGAUCACAAGUACCAUGCAGGAUACCGUAAGCAGGUCGGCCACCACAUCGGUGCUCGCUGCGUCCAGGACGACCCUCUGCUGGUUCUGGCUCUGAACUCAGCCAAGAUUGCCAGUGACGCUUUGUACAAGAAGGACUUCAACCAGUCCAAGACCAAGUUCAACCUGCCUGUGGACAUGAUUGCCUUUGCGCUGGCCAAGAAGAACCAGAUCCAGGUCAACCACGCCAACUACAUCACGCGUCUGCACAACUGGACUUGUCUUCCAGACUCUACUGAUGUGCGCCAGGCCAGGCGCGCGUAUGACAUACAGAGUGAUAAUGUGUACAAGGAGGACUUAAAGAUGAUGCAGGGUAUCGGAUGGGUGCCAAUAGGUUCACUGGAUGUUGAGAAGGCAAAGAAAGCCGGUGAGGCUCUGAAUGAGAGGAAGUAUCGUCAACACCCAAGCAACUUCAAAUUCAAACUCACCACUGAGGACAUGUCCCUGGUGUUGGCUAAGGCCAAUAACAAGGUUAUGAACAAGCAAGCUUACAAUCAAGCCUGGGAGAAAGACAAGACAUCAAUCCACAUCAUGCCUGACUCUAUGGAGGUUCUUCUAGCCAAAGCAAACAAAACCAACUACAGUUUGAACAAGUACAGGCAGGCAAAUGAGGACGCCAAGAAGAAGGGCUACGACCUGCGCAAUGAUGCCAUUUCUAUCAUCGCAGCCAAGAAGACCAGGGAUAUUGCCAGUGAUCACAAGUACCAUGCAGGAUACCGUAAGCAGGUGGGCCACCACAUCGGUGCUCGCUGCGUCCAGGACGAUCCUCUGCUGGUUCUGGCUCUGAACUCAGCCAGGAUUGCCAGUGACGCUUUGUACAAGAAGGACUUCAACCAGUCCAAGACCAAGUUCAACCUGCCUGUGGACAUGAUCGCCUUUGCACUGGCCAAGAAGAACCAGAUCCAGGUCAACCACGCCAACUACAUCACCCGUCUGCACAACUGGACUUGUCUUCCAGACUCCACUGAUGUGCGCCAGGCCAGGCGCGCGUAUGACAUACAGAGUGAUAAUGUGUACAAGGAGGACUUAAAGAUGAUGCAGGGUAUCGGAUGGGUGCCAAUAGGUUCACUGGAUGUUGAGAAGGCAAAGAAAGCCGGUGAGGCUCUGAAUGAGAGGAAGUAUCGUCAACACCCAAGCAACUUCAAAUUCAAAAUCACCACUGAGGACAUGUCCCUGGUGUUGGCUAAGGCCAAUAACAAGGUUAUGAACAAGAAAGCAUACUCUGACGCCUGGAACCACGACAAGACAACGAUCCACAUCAUGCCUGACUCUAUGGAUAUUCUUCUAGCCAAAGCAAACAAUGUCAACUACAGUUUGAAAAAGUACAAGCAGGCAAAUGAAGACGCCAAGAAGAAGGGCUACGACCUGCGCGGCGAUGCCAUUUCCAUCCUUGCUGCCAAGAAGACCAGGGAUAUUGCCAGUGAUCACAAGUACCAUGAAGGAUACCGUAAGCAGGUCGGCCACCACAUCGGUGCUCGCUGUGUCCAGGACGAUCCUCUGCUGGUUCUGGCUCUGAACUCAGCCAGGAUUGCCAGUGACCAUCUGUACAAGAAGGACUUCAACAAGUCCAAGACCAAGUUCAACCUGCCUGUGGACAUGAUUGCCUUUGCACUGGCCAAGAAGAACCAGAUCCAGGUCAACCACGCCAACUACAUCACGCGUCUGCACAACUGGACUUGUCUUCCGGACUCCACUGAUGUGCGCCAGGCCAGGCGCGCGUAUGACAUACAGAGUGAUAAUGUGUACAAGGAGGACUUAAAGAUGAUGCAGGGUAUCGGAUGGGUGCCAAUAGGUUCACUGGAUGUUGAGAAGGCAAAGAAAGCCGGUGAGGCUCUGAAUGAGAGGAAGUAUCGUCAACACCCAAGCAACUUCAAAUUCAAACUCACCACUGAGGACAUGUCCCUGGUGUUGGCUAAGGCCAAUAACAAGGUUAUGAACAAGAAAGCAUAUUCUGAUGCCUGGAACAAGGAGAAGACGAAGAUCCACAUCAUGCCUGAUUCUAUGGAUGUUCUUCUAGCCAAAGCAAACAAUGUCAACUACAGUUUGAAAAAGUACAAGCAGGCAAAUGAAGACUCCAAGAAGAAGGGCUACGACCUGCGCGGCGAUGCCAUUUCCAUCCUCGCAGCCAAGAAGACCAGGGAUAUUGCCAGUGAUCACAAGUACCAUGAAGGAUACCGUAAGCAGGUGGGCCACCACAUCGGUGCUCGCUGCGUCCAGGACGAUCCUCUGCUGGUUCUGGCUCUGAACUCAGCCAGGAUUGCCAGUGACGCUUUGUACAAGAAGGACUUCAACCAGUCCAAGACCAAGUUCAACCUGCCUGUGGACAUGAUCGCCUUUGCACUGGCCAAGAAGAACCAGAUCCAGGUCAACCACGCCAACUACAUCACCCGCCUCCACAACUGGACUUGUCUUCCAGACUCCACUGAUGUGCGCCAGGCCAGGCACGCAUAUGACAUACAGAGUGAUGCUGUGUACAAAGCUGACUUGAAGUGGCUCCAGGGUUUGGGCUGGGUUCCCAUUGGCUCACUGGAUGUGGAGAAAGCCAAGAAAGCUGGAGAUGCUUUGAAUGAAAGGAAGUACCGCCAACCCCCAAGCAAUUUCCCCUUCAAGAGCACCACAGAGGCUAUGAACCUCGUACUUGCGAAGAAUAACGCUUUGAUCAUGAACAAGCAACUCUACACCGCCGCAUGGGAGAAGGACAAGACCAAGCUGCACAUCAACCCUGACACCCCUGAGAUCGUCCUCGGUCAGCAGAAUGCUAUCACCAUGAGCAAGAAACUCUACAGACAAGGUUAUGAGGAUACCAUCAGCAAAGGAUAUUUCCUUCCCGGGGAUGCUAUCUCUAUAAAGGCUGCUAAGUCCUCCAGGGACAUCAUCAGUGAUUACAAGUACAAGACAGGAUACCGUAAGCAGGUGGGCCACCACAUCGGAGCCCUGAGCGUCAAAGACGACCCUCUGAUCGUUCUGGCUAUGAACUCAGCCAGGAUUGCCAGUGACGCUCUGUACAAGAAGGACUUCAACCAGUCCAAGACCAAGUUCAACCUGCCUGUGGACAUGCUGAGUAUCGAGCUGGCCAAGAAAUGCCAGAUCCAGGUCAACCACGCCAACUACAUCACCCGCCUGCACAACUGGACCUGCCUGCCCGACUCCAGUGAUGUGCGCCAGGCCAGGAAAGCGUACGAUCUGCAGAGCGAUGCUGUAUACAAGGCUGACAGGGAUGAGGUGAUAGGCGUCGGAUGGAUCCCCAUAGGUUCAGUUGAUGUGUUGAAGGCAAAGCACGCUGGAAAGAUUCUCAGCGAACAUCUGUACAGGUUGAAACCAGACAAACAGAAAUUCACCACGGACAUGUCUUCCAUGUCCAUGGUCUUGGCCAAAGCAAAUGCUGGCAUCAUCAACAAGAAAAACUAUACGGCAGCUUGGGAGGCUGACAAAGUCAAGAACCAUAUAAACGCAGACUUACCUGAGAUUCUGCUCUCUAAAGCUAAUGCUUACAACAUGAGCAAAAAAUAUUACAGGGAAGCUGUUGACGCGAUGUUCAGAAAGGGCUACGACAUCAAGUCCGAUGCUGUCUCUAUUGUUGCUGCCAAAAAAGGAAGAGAAAUCAUCAGUGAUUACAAAUAUAAGGCAGGAUACCGUAAGCAGGUGGGCCACCACAUCGGUGCUCGCUGCGUCCAGGAAGACCCUCUGAUCAUGCUGGCUCUGAACUCCGCCAGGAUUGCCAGUGACGCCCUGUACAAGAAGGACUUCAACCAGUCCAAGACCAAGUUCAACCUGCCCGUGGACAUGCUGAAUAUUGAACUGGCCAAGAAAUGCCAGAUCCAGGUCAACGACUUCAACUACAGGACUCACCUGCACAACUGGACCUGCCUGCCAGACUCCACUGACGUGCGCCAGGCCAGAAAGGCUUACGACCUGCAGAGCGAUGCUGUUUAUAAGGCCGACAUGGAAUGGAUGAGGGGAACCGGUUGGGUGCCAAUAGGUUCAGUUGAUGUGGAGAAGGCCAAGAAAGCAGGAGAGAUCCUGAAUGAAAGGAAGUACCGUGAGCAUCCCAGCAAAUUCAAGUUCACAGCCAAGACAAGUGACAUCCCAUAUGCCCUCGCUACGGCAAAUGCCCAUAUCAUGAACAAGAAAGCGUACACUUCCGCCUGGGAUACGGAUAAGGUCAAACUUCACAUGGGUACUGACAUCCCAGAGAUCAUCCUGGCCAAGCAGAAUAAUAUCAACACCAGUCUGAAACAAUACCGUGAAGGCUAUAUGGAAACCAUCAACAAAGGCUACUACCUUCCCAAAGAUGCCAUUUCUGUUUUGGCAGCUAAGGCCUCCCGAAAUAUCAUCAGUGAUUACAAAUACAAGGCCGGUUUCCGCAAGCAGUGUGGCAAUCAAAUCGGUGCACUCAGCGUCAAAGACGACCAGCUGAUCAUGCUGGCCGCUAAUGCAGCCAAGAUCUUCAGUGACAACCUGUACAAGAAGGACUUCAACAAGUCCAAGACAAAGUUCAACCUGCCAGUGGACAUGCUGAGUAUCGCGCUGGCCAAGAAAUGCCAGACCCAGGUCAACCAAACCAACUACUCCACCCGCCUGCACAACUGGACCUGCAUGCCCGACUCCACGGAUGUGGUCCGUGCUAGGAAGGCCUACGCCUUAAACAGCGAUGCCGUGUACAAAUCUGAUAUGGAGUGGCUGAGAGGAUGCGGCUGGUCCCCACAGGACUCAGUGGACGUCGUCAAAGCUAAGCACGCCAUGAAGAUCUUCAAUGAGAGGCUCUACCGCCAGCCCCCAAGCAGCGAGAAGUUCACCAGCGUGGUCGAUCUGCCAGCUAUGGUCCUGUCCAAGCAAAACGCUAUCAACAUCAGUGAUAGGAAAUAUAGGGAAGUCUGGGAUAAUGAGAAGCUCAAAUUCCACAUGCCGCCCGACGCCCCCGGCUUUAUUCUGUCCAAGGCCAAUGCUAUCAGCAUCAGCAAUAAACUGUACACGAAGAGUUGGGAUGAGCAGAAGGCCAAAGGCUACCACAUCAAGGAGGAUACUAUCUCUGUGCUGAAGGCCAGAGCUUCCAGGGAUAUCGUCAGUGAUUACAAGUAUAAGACAGGAUACCGUAAGCAGGUGGGCCACCACAUCGGUGCUCGCUGCGUCCAGGAAGACCCUCUGAUCAUGCUGGCUCUGAACUCUGCCAGGAUUGCCAGUGACGCCCUGUACAAGAAGGACUUCAACCAGUCCAAGACCAAGUUCAACCUGCCCGUGGACAUGCUGAAUAUUGAACUGGCCAAGAAAUGCCAGAUCCAGGUCAACGACUUCAACUACAGGACUCACCUGCACAACUGGACCUGCCUGCCAGACUCCACUGACGUGCGCCAGGCCAGAAAGGCUUACGACCUGCAGAGCGAUGCUGUGUACAAAGCGGAUAUGGAAUGGAUCCGUGGAUGUGGAUGGAAUCCACAUGAGUCUGUGGAUGUAGUGAGGGUGAAGCAAGCACAGAAGGUCCUGGCUGAUAGAGGCUACCGUGUGAAGCUGGAUACGCAGAAAUACAUUGUUCCAACUGACAGGCUGGACAUGAUCUGUGCCAAGAAUGCUGCUAAAGUCCUCAACGAGCCCAAAUAUCGUGAGGCCUGGCACAAGGACAAGACCAAGUACUCCCUUCCAGACACUCCAAUUCUCGCCACAGCCAGAGAGGUGGCUAAGAUUCUUCACCCGAAACUGUACACCAAAGCCUGGGAUAAGGUCAAAGCCACAGGCUACUUCAUGCCUGGAGACGCUGUACCAAUCAAGCAGUGCAUCUCCACGAGUAAAGUGCAGAGUAAACAUAAGUACCUUGAAUCGUACCGUAAGCAGGUGGGCCACCACAUCGGUGCUCGCUGCGUCCAGGACGACCCUCUGAUCAUGCUGGCUCUGAACUCUGCCAGGAUUGCCAGUGACGCCCUGUACAAGAAGGACUUCAACAAGUCUAAGACCAAGUUCAACCUGCCCGUUGACAUGCUGAAUAUUGAACUGGCCAAGAAAUGCCAGAUCCAGGUCAACGACUUCAACUACAGGACUCACCUGCACAACUGGACCUGCCUGCCAGACUCCACUGACGUGCGCCAGGCCAGGAAAGCGUACGAUCUGCAGAGCGAUUGUGUGUAUAAGGCUGACAUGGAAUGGCUCCGAGGCUGCGGCUGGAUGCCGGCGGAGUCCGUCCACCACGUCAAAGCCAGGAAUGCUCAGGCGAUUCUCAACGAGAGACACUACAAGCAGGGCGCAACGGAUGGCUUCGCAAAAUUCACCCACAUCGUGGACCGUCCUGAGCUCAUCUUGGCGAGAGUUAACGCUGCUAACCUCAGUGAUCUGAAGUACAAAGAGACCUUCAACGCAGAAAAGGGUCACUAUAUUGGUUCGGAAGACACUCCUCAACUGGCACACAGCAGGGAAGUGGGCAAGAACGUCAGCGAGAAAACAUACAAACAUCAAUGGGACGAGUCUAAGGCUACUGGCUACAAGCUGGACCAGCAAUACAUCCCACUUCUCAGCGGAAAAAAGGGCAGGGAAAUCAUCAGUGACGCCAAGUACCAUGAGCUCCAUGAGAAGGUAAAGGGUCACUACAUGGCCGGGACCCUGGUGGACUUCCCUGAGGUGAUGCGCUGUGGGGGACAGGAGAAGAACAAGGGACUGAGGCUCUACAAUAAGGACUACCACACCACCAAGACCAAGAACCACAUCCCCCCGGACAUCAUCGCUAACAAGGUGGCUAAGCGCAGCCAGGACAUGCUGAGCGAGGUGCUCUACCGGACCCACCUGCACCAGUGGACCUGCCACCCCGAGCAGGAGGACCUCAUCCGCGCCCGCAAGACCAACGAGAUCCUCAGCGAUGUGUUCUACAAGGAGGACCUGAACUGGAUGAAGGGAAUGGGUUGCUUCGUCUGGGACACCCCGGAGAUCCUUCGUGCCAAGAAGUCCUACGAGCAGCAGAGCGAGCUUAAAUACAGAGCGGAGGCCAAGAAGGAGUUCAACAAUUACUCCAUUGUGACUGACACCCCAGCCUAUGUGACGGCCAUCCUGGGUAACACCUGGGCUAGUGAUCUCAACUACAGGGAGGCCUAUCAUAAGGAGAAGCACCUGUACACCACCGUUCUGGAUACCUACGACUACGCCAAGUGCCGCAACUUCAAGCACUACUUCAGCAACAAAAACUACACUGCCGCCUGGGACAAAAUCAAAGACAAGAGCUACCAGAUUCCUCACGAUUCUCACGCCAUGGAACACGCCAAAUUGCAGAAAGUUAUCCUCAGCGGCGUGAAGUACAAGGAGGACUACGAGAAGUUCAAGUCCCUCUACAGUCUGCCCAAGUGUCUGGAGGACGAUCCGGCCACCGCUCGCUGCGUCAAAGCCGGAAAGCUGGUGCUUGAUCGUCUGUACAGGGAGGACUAUGAGAAGACCAAGGCUAAGAACCACAUCCCUGCAGACAUGCUGGAGAUCCUGUCCGCCCACAAAACCCAGUCCUCCGUCAGCGAGAUCAACUACCGCAAGAAACUGCACCAAUGGAUCUGCCUGCCCGACAUGCAGGUGUACACGCAGGCACGCAAAGUCAACGAGCAGCUCAGCGACAUCUUCUACAAGGAUGAUUUGAACUGGCUGAGGGGAAUCGGUUGUUACGCCUGGGACACUCCAGAGAUCAUCCGCGUCAAGAAUGCUGAUAAUCUUCAGAGCGCGAACAAAUACAAAGCCAAAGCUAUCGAGUCUUUCAAGGACUUCUCGGUGGUGAUGGACACUCCAGUGUACGAGACGUCCAAGCAGAACUCCCAGAACCUGAGCGAUCUGCACUACCGCUACGAUUACAACGCCAACGUCAAGGGAACGAACACCGCUCCGGCUGUUACCAUCGACACUCAGAGGGCCGCCAUGGCUAACUACAUCCAGAGCGAUAACGUGUACAAGGAGGAAAACAAGAGUUCAAUGCCCACCGGAUACACCCUGACUAAGGACACACCGCUCAUCAAACAGGCUAAACUGAACAGCGUUGUCACCAGCAAUGUGAAGUACAAGGAAGCCUAUGAGAUGACGAAAGCAAAGGCCUACACUCUUCAUCCCGAGGGAGUCAACUUCGUCCUCUCAAGGAAGGCUAACAAGAUCACCAACGAGCGCCUGUAUCGUGAGCUGUACCACAAGCAAAAGGACAAGAUCCACACAACCUACGACACCCCCGACAUCAAACAAGUCAAGAUGAACCAGAAGCACCUCAGCGACUUGUGCUACAGAGAGAAAUACUACAACACCAGAGGUCAGCUGAUCAAUCUGCCCAUCACACCCCAGCUGAUGCACUGUUACCACGUCAACCAGAUCACCAGCGAGCUGAAAUACAAAGAGGAUCUGCAUUGGCUGAGAGGCAUCGGCUGCUUCCUGUACGACACCCCGGAGAUGGUGCACGUCCGCAACAUCACCAAACAGAAGGUGACCUACCCAGUGGAGGCUAAGAAGAACCUGGCCAACUUCUCCGUGGUCCUGGACACACCGGAGUAUAACCGCGUGACGGAGCUGAAGACCCACAUGAGCGGCAUGAUCUACAAAGCCCAGGCUAAGGAGGACAUGUCGAAGGUCAGGACCACCGGGGACUCUGUGGACAUCAAGAGAGCCAAAUGGGCCCAGCUGCUGACCAACAACUACCAGUACACCAGCUUGGCUUCCAAGGAGAGAGCUCACUUCACUUCAGAAUAUGAAACACCAAGCAUGGGUCAUUCUAGGAAAAUGAAGGUGGUCUGCAGUGACAACAAAUACAAAGACCAGUAUGAGAAGAUGAAGCACAGAUACACCGCCAUCGCUGACACGCCCCUCCUGAUCCGCGCCAAGAAAGCAUACGUGCAGUCCAGCGAUCUGCGUUACAAAGAGACCUUCGAGCUCGCCAAGGGCCACUACCAAACCGUGAAGGACGCUCUGAACAUCACCUACCAUCGCAGAGUCACUGACGACAUCAGCGAGGUUAAAUACAGGGAGAAGUACAUCAACUCUCUGGGAACCUGGAAGUCUAUCCCCGACCGCCCUGAGUUCUUCUACAGCAAGAUGGCCAACGACAACAUCAGCAGCGUGAAGUACAAGGAGGACCUGGAGUGGCUGAGGGGCGUCGGCUGCUACGUUUGGGACACACCUGAGCUGGUGACCGCCGAGAAGAACAAGGCGCUGUACAGUGGG